AUGCGUCCUACUCUCGGUCUCCGUGCUUUCCGCCCUACCAUGCGCAUGAGGUCCCCGGUUCCUGCCGAGGACCAAGUUGGCCACACCGUCUCCCAGAGACUGCGCAAGCUCCGCCAGAUCCCCCCCGAGUUGAUCCCCCUCGGUGUCGUCGUUGGUUUCGCCCUGGCCGCUGCUACCUACUCCAUCGGCCGCCACUUCAUGACCGACAGCACCAUCCGCAUCAAGCGCCAGAACAAGGCCGCCGCCGAUGCCGCCGAGGCCAGGGAGCACCACUAG